AGACGGUCUGGCAACAAGUUGAAGCCUGGCCUGGGCUGAUUCGGAGAACGCCAAUGGCGGAGUUUGGCGCGCUUUGUCGGGAGCUCGAAAGAAACCAUGGCGAUGUAUAGUACGGUAGCCCCUGAUACUUAGAGGUGCCGCAACACCAACCCUCUCCCCCCAGUCAGGCCCACACGCUGGGGCUGUGCUUGAGCGCAGUCCCUUUCGUGUCGGUUGUUAUUUUCCGAUAUGGGAGAUGCGCACGGCAGCUCCAUGGUGGAAGCAGCGGGACUAUGGCCAGUGGCGGCACAUGAUGGUCGUGAGCAUGGAGGGCGCGCGGGUGCGGCCUUUUUGCCAGGGCAGGCCCGCAGCAGCCCGGCUUGGAUUGUGGGACGCGAAGGCCGGGCUGCCUCCGGAGGGGCAGGCAGUAAAGCGGAGGGGCCGGAGAACGGGUCAGAUGUGGGAGAGGAAGCGGCAGGCUGGGUGGACUACUCCGCGCAGAAUGAGGAGGCAGUGGACGGAGCAGAGCCGCUGGAGAGCCAGGAUGCGCACCAGCGGCCGGCAGCACGGCCAGGGGAUGCCAGGGUCGCGCCCGGUGUGUCUUGUGUGGACCUGACUAGCCCCCCUGGUCACCAUGCUGAGGCUCCGCUUCUCUCUGAUGAAGAGCGCCCUGGCGCAGGACCGCACGGCGCGCACUCUCCUGCAGGGGGGAAGAGGCCACAGGCACAGGCAGACACGAGUGCACCGAACAAGCGUGCCGAAGCAACAGCAGCGCAGGAGUGGGGGUCGGGGAACGGCCCCACCCUUGCAACCAAUGCGGCAGGGACGGGGAUGGAGGACGGGCAGGCAGCGGAGGAAGCGAACGGGGCGGGCCGCUUGCCAGCGGAGGAGGAGCCAAAGGAAUCGGGGCGCGGUGAGUCAGACGUAACGGGGGUUGGGGAAGGGGAGGGGGAGGGGGAGGUGCUGGCAUCCGCGGCGGACGACGAGGCGGGCAGCGCGGAGCAGCUGGCGGAGCCGGUGGAGGGCCUGCGCAGGCUGGCAGCCAGCGCCACGCUUAAGGCAGCGCCGCGGGAAGGGGGCGGCCAAACGUCAGCCCUGUCGUCAAGUGACAUCCUGCAGUGCGGGGGGGUGGCGCGCUGGGAGGCUCUGCUGGCCAAUAUUGCAGCGGGAGAGAUCCAGCUGAACCCCGAGACUGGCAGCUACGAGCACCGCAAGGUGGUCAAAAUAGAGGAGCAGAGCAUGCCGGCAGUGACCUACGGGAACGGGCGGGCGCAGGAGAAGCCGCGCGAGAGGAGGCAGGCGCCGGAGAGGGCUCCCCCGGGCCGCCGGCGCAGGAGCGACCCUGAGGCAGGGGCCCUGGUGACGAGCAAGGAGGGCAGCACGGGCGCUCCGAAGCUGGCUGCGCUGGUGGACGACUUUGUGCAAAAAUUGGAGGCACUUUUCGAGCAAGAUCUGACGGCGGAGAUGCAGCGGCGCGCGUCGCGGUGCACCCCAAGCACCCUAGGCGCCAAGGUGUCGCGCCUGGCGGGCCACCCCAACGCCGGCCGCGGCCCCGCGUCGGGCUACAUGGACGAGAGCGCCAAGAACAGCGCGGCGCUGCGCGAGGCGGCGGAGCCCAUCAUCAAGGCACUCCUCUUCCGAGGCCACUACGGGAGCACCACGCUGGCGGCCAGCAUGGCGGGCCCCUUGUUCUACCCCGCCAAUGCGGCUGGGCCCGAGUUGCUGGCUGCGCUGCGCGAGGCGUGCCAAGGAGCUGCGCCCGUGGCAGGGCGCGCGGGGCCCAUGGCGCGCCUGCUGCUGGACCUGCAGGACGGCGCGCGCCCCGCUCUGUCUGGCGACGGCAGCCCCGAGGAGCAGGACGCCCGCGUGCAGGCGUGGGGUGCGGCGGUGCGCGGGUGCUGCGGCGCGGCGGUGGAGGUGCUGGAGGCGGUGGACUUCUUCAAGCUGUGCUGCGCCGAGGCGGCCGCCACAGCGCAGGAGGAGGCCGCAGGGGUCAUGCUCACUGCCAAGCGGAGCAAGCGCGCCAUCCUCUCGAGCCGGCAGGCGGCUGGCAGCAAGUCCAAGUGGGAGCACCUGGAGGACAGCGUUGCCCCGCUCGCGCAGAUCGUCGCACAGCGAUAUGUGGCGGCAGCCCUGCACGGCGGGGAGGGCUUCUCCGGCCUGCAUGCCCGCCUGCAGGCGCUGCGCGGGGACUUGCUGCGCGCAGGCGCCAACCUGGAGCAGUGGCGCAACCCACCACCGCCGCCGCCGCUGCCUCCCGACCACGCCGCGGCGGACCCUGCCCGCCUCAUCCAGGCCAUCGCGGGGGUGGCGGGCGCUGCGGGCGCUGCUCCGAGCCUGGCGGUGGCGGACGGCGUGGUGGGCGCGGUGGUGCGCGAGUACGCCUGGGCGGACCCGGGCAAGUGGGGUCUCCUCUGGCAGCAGCAGGGCGCCGCCUGCAAUGGGCCGCAGGCGCGCGUGGACGGCGAGGGGCGGCACGUGUACCAGUGGGCGGUGGGCAAGAAGGUGUGGCACUGCUACACGCGCAUGCAGGUGCGCGAGACGCAGGAGGAGGAGGGCGCCACCCCGCUGCCCCCGCGAAUACAGCUCUCCACCACGCCGCGCCCUGCCCAGCCCACCCCCAAGCCCGCACUGCCCACCCCCCGCCUGCCCGCUCCCCGGCCUCCCCCCCUCAUUGCAAAGGCCCCCUCUAGAAAUUCGUCACCGCGGCCCCCCUCGCCCAGCCCGCCUCCUGCGCCGCGACCCCCCUCCGCUGCUGCCUCCAAGCGGCCGCGGCCCGGCACUGCGUCCCCCUCCGAGGAGGCGCCGGUUGUGUUCAGCUUCGAGGGCCCCCCACCCGGCUGCCGGCUGACCCCCGCGCAGGAGGCGGAGGUGAUGGAGGUGGUGCGCGCGCAGGGGUGGGAGAUCCGGCAGGAGGUGCGCAAGCACGGCAUCAGCGCGGGCCAGGUCGACAAGUACUACAUGCCGCCCAACGGGGACAAGCGCCUCACCAGCCUCCGCAAGGUGUGGGAGUACUUGCACUUCGGCAAGGGCGCCUCCGGCAGGACUGCGCGCGACCGCAGCGCCGCGGGGGCCAGCACCAGCGACCAGGCGGACUUCGACGCGGCGCGCGGGGGCGUGGCGGCGCUGCUGGCGGCGCAGGCUGAGGUGGCGGCGGAGGAUGCGGCGGACGGCGCGGCGGAGGCGGGGGAGGACGACGAGUGGGCGGCGCUGGGCGUGGGGCAGGGCUUCGGCGUGGCCGCGGCGGAGCGCGUCAAGAGGCGGCGCAGGAAACCGGGGGGCACGCCCGGCGCUGCGCCCCGGCGCGCUCCCCCGCCUCCCCGUGCUGGCACUAAGCAGCCCGCGACCAUCCGCAGGGAAGUCCACCGACCACACCGACGGGAGCGGCAGAAGCAGGACGCUGACGGACCUCCUCACGCCGUGAGCCGCCCCGCCAUGUGAGCCACCGGGUCCUGCAGCAUGCCUGCUUGGUGGCGUGACGCCGACGCGGCGCACAUCCGGGCCGGCAGGGAGGAGGCUGCAGAGAUACUCUUGUCGCCGAGUGUUGGACGGCACUGUGUCAUAGCGGUCGUUGUAAGGCAGCCAGUGUCGUGCGAUUGUGCACUUGGAGAGCUGGAACCCAGGCAGCCUCACGAAGUUGAGGACCUUCACUGCGUGUGGCGAUGUACUAUACCGUAGCUAUUCUUGUAAAGUCCUACUAGUGAGCACUCUUUACGGGUCAAAUCUGCUCAAUGCCUCUCACUACACUGCAAAAUUUCACAGAAGUGCAGGUUGAGAAGUCGUCACGCCCGUCGCCUGUUGCAUCAUGUGAUUGUUGUCAAUGACAAU